AGAUACAAUGUUUAAAAUGAGGCGCGCAACACCCCAGCUAAUACAAGAGGAGAAGCGUAUCAUCUGGUCGUUUUGCUUUCCAACAGAAUUUGAAUACCAAGUAAAAGCCACUAUAACAGUCAAAGAAAUGGUUUCGUCGAUGUCAAUGAUGAACAUGGGCGCUGCCCUGUUCCUAUUUAUGUGUCUGCAACAGUGCUUUCUAACAGUAUCUUCAGAAUACGAUGCGCCUGACACAAACACAUUUGAUCAAGAUACAGAACAAGAAAAGGCUGCAUGGCUUACACAUGGUGGUUUGAUCAACAAGCGACCCUGGCUAGGCGGCAAAAGAAGUUCUACUUCUUAUUUUACCAAACGUGAUCCAAUUCGUAUGGGAGGUUACAGAGAAAUGGAAGCUAAGCGGGCAUUCGAAGAGUGGUUAUCAGAGCAAAGGCGGAACUACGAAGAAAUACCUUUUGAACAGGAAUAUUACGAAUUACGAAAACGACCAAUGAUGAACGGUAAACGAAACAUGGUGAAUGGUGGUCCAUAAAUUCUCUAAAUUAGUCGGUACUGGCAACACCCAAAUUGCCAUUUAAAAAAGUGGAACAUAAAUACAACCAUACAAUUAAUUUAAAGACAAUUUUUUUUUAAUGACAAUGAAAAUAAUGUAAAACGUCGGCUACAUUAGUUUUCUGUAAACUGGGGAUUGUGGGUAAUUUUAAUGGCAGAGACAGCCGCCGAUCCAAUUCUAAGCAAUGCUAAUAAUUCGUAAUUAUUUAUGGUUACAAUCCAAAGUCGUAAGCUUACCAAUUUUCGUAAGAUGUAAAUUGCUAUAUUGUAAAUCUUCCGAGAUAUAUUCAAUAUGUACAGCAUUGACGGGGUGUCGGUAUAACUAUGAGGUCGUAUUUUUGGUUUUGUUUUCUGAUAUCAGCUUAAUACCGUACUGUGAUAUAGUGAUUAUUAUUUUCUUCUCAUAAGCAAUCGAUAUCACGAUUAGAUAGAAGCAAGGGGGAAAUAAAUUAACAUAUAGUCGUUCAAUCACUAUCUGUAUGCCUAUUAGUUAAGUAAUUAUAACGUGUUUAUAGAAUUAAUGUAGCAAUUAGGACAACGCCUUGUCACCGUCCAAAAAAAAGUUUAAUGAUAUCUUCGAAUAUAGGGGGCGCUCACAGCAGACUGCAGUUUAAAAUCAGAAUGUUAGAUCUAACGAUCGAAGCUUUUUCGUUAUAUAUAUUUUCUUUUCUAGAGAAUGUGAUUAUUUCAAUAAAGUAUAUGCGGAUAUAGAAUUAUA